AGGAGCCUAAGGGACUGGAGUUUUGUUUCGUUGCCGCGGCAGAGGCUGAAGUGCAUCUCGCAGAGAGAAUUCGAGAUCGAGCGACGAUCGGGAGAAGAUGGACGCUUACACGUCGAAUCCAGCCCUACUGGCCAAUUCGGAGUUGUUCAGGCGCUACAUGGGCAGAAGAGUGAGGACAGUUGUGAAGGUGGGCAGAUUCGAGGGCGGGAAUCUGUACGCCCAAGCUCCCGACGGACCCCAGAUUUCGAUUCGGCAAGUCGUCAAGAACGAAGAGUUUACGCAGUUUGUUGAAGUCAUUGGAGUGGUGGAAGGAGAGAAUACCCUGCGUUCAGAAGUUUGCACCAAUUUUGGAGAUAAAUUCGAUUUAGGGCAGUUCAACACGUUGUGUCAAAUGGCAAAUGGAGCUUAUCAAGAUAUAUUCAUGUAGCAUUUGGCGGACUCCCAGCGGGCCCUGUAUAUACUGUAGGACGAGUCUAACCUAGACGUUUAACCUUGAAGUAGUGCUCCGCAUCUGAGUGCACAUGAAGCACUGUCGUUCUGGAGUCCCGUAGUGUGAGAUGUGUUGUAAUUAGAACCAAAUGUAAGAACUGGGACACAUGGCCAAUGGAACUUGAAGUUCUCGCAAAGAUGGUCUUGUUAAGAGGUUGCCCCUCUUCAAUUUGGAUAUAGAGAUAACUCGGAAUGGCAAAACCUUUUCUUUCCGGUCGGAGAGGGAUCCAUGUCUGUGGGGCCCCUCAUUGCCAGUAUAAUGUAUCUAAGUUGGAACUUCAUAACGUUUGAAGUUCAAGUGGCUGGCAUCAGCUUACCUCGAACGCUUUACUGUCUCGCCGUUGCCCAUCCCGUGAGAAGCUGAUACACCAAGUAAAACUUCAUCUUCAAUGAGCAAUGCAAAGUUCCUAUGUUACAA